CAUCCACUCGUGAGAGCUAUGAGGACAUGGAUUCAUCUUCUUCUUGUGCUCCUCCAGGUUGCAUUGGCAUUGGCUGCAGACCCUUCGCACCUUGUGCAAGGGCUUCCUGGGCAACCAGAGGUUGGAUUUAAGCAGUACGCUGGUCAAGUUGAGAUAAACGCCACAGCUGGACGUGCACUGUUCUACUGGUUCUAUGAAGCAGAUCACCCCAAUGCAUCUUCCUUGCCGUUGGUACUAUGGCUUAAUGGAGGACCGGGAUGUUCAUCCAUUGGCGCUGGAGCUCUUGGAGAGACUGGUCCGUUCCGCACGAAUGACUCAGGCACUGGGCUUGUUCGCAAUCCGUACUCAUGGAAUCAAGCUGCGAAUCUCAUAUUUUUGGAGGUCCCUUAUAAUACCGGUUUCUCGUAUACAAACUUGUAUUCUGAUGGGGGAUUUUACACAGACAAUCAAACAGCCAUCGAUUCUUUGCUGUUUCUGCUCGAAUUUCUCACAAAAUUCCCUGAGUAUAGACAGAAUGACUUCUUCAUUACAGGAGAAAGCUUUGCAGGACAUUUCAUACCAACGCUGGCAUCGCAAAUCCUUUCGCAUAAUGAGCAAAAUGGAAGCCGUAUCAACCUGAAGGGGUUUGCUAUUGGUAAUCCUUCCACGGACAAUGAUGACUAUGACGCUCCUGGUAACAUUGAGUUCUUAUACUCGCAUUCAGUCAUUUCUGAGGAGCUUUACCAAGAAUAUAAGACCUACUGUGGGAGGGGGAGGAACGAUGACGAAGCAUUAGCUAGAUGUGGAAAUGCUAGCUCCCAGAUCUUUGCUUUGACUGGCUACAUUGAUCGUUACAACAUCUAUGCACCAACAUGCAACUUACUUUCAGGACCGGAUGAUGAGGCUUGCCUUGAUUCUGUGACACCUUACCUCAAUCGCCAGGAUGUUCAGGUCGCCUUGCACGUCGAGACAAGACCAGUUCGGUGGCGUUUAUGCAACCCGGAUAUUGACAGGAGCUACUUGCCACUAGAUAAACAGCGUUCAAUGCUUCCCGUAUACCAGAGUUUGUUCAAGAGUGACUUGAGAAUCUGGAUUUACAGUGGGGACUUGGAUUCUAUUGUUUCGACGCUUUCAACCAGGAGCUGGAUCAAAGCACUCAAUCUCACUAUUGUUACUCCAUGGUAUGCGUGGAACUACACAAAUCAGGUUGGUGGAUGGACUGAAGUGUACUCAGAAAUGACAUUUGCGACAGUAAGAGGCUCUGGACAUCAGCCUCCAGUUGACAAGCCUGGCCAGGCACUUACCUUGUUCCAACACUUUAUCGAAGGCAAGACACUGCCGUCGUUUUAGCUGUAACAAGGGAUUGUCAGGAAAUAAAACUCAACAUUUGUUUAGUA